CGCCAAUUCUGACGGGGCCGCGAGAGAGGCAGCGGAGUAAACUAACCAAGGCAGUAUGCGGAAGGACAAUACGUUAUAUUUAUAUAAAACAAUUUACCAAUAUAUUUCGUUUUAAUAGCAGUAUAAAACGCGAUUCACUACCGAGAGCGUUCUUGAUAUUGUACGCCAUCAGUGUUGUUGUUUUGAAGUAGUUUUGCCCGAGAAUAUUGCCAACAAGCGGGGCCCCGGCUCAGUGGCUGGGAUGUUGGCGGCGGAAAACCCACUUGCGGACGCACAUUUGGUAGCAUCAGUUCCUAGCAGAAGAGGCAUGGACUGUAAGUCAAGUAAUAAUGGCAACAAGAAACUUAUACAAGCCCGUCUCCCAUUCAAGCGCCUAAACCCUGAACCAAAAGAGAACCAGCCACCUAAACGCCCCUGUGCACAUGCCUGCCCUGAACCUACAGAUAGGGAGGAUGUGUCCUCUUCACUCCUGGUGCAUAAAGGACCACCCUUGGUUAAUGGUCGUGGGCCCCUUGAUGGCUUCCUGAGCAGUAGACACUCUGCAGCCUUUGAUGAAAAUGUGGUUAUAGAUCUGACUGAGGACAACACCUCAUCUUCUGUAAAGUGCCUUGUGUCACAUGCUUCUGCCUCUCCUAGCUUACUAACAAAAGACAAGUAUCAGGGCAAAGACAAAUGUGCCUCCUCUGAGAAAUCCAGCAAUGUUGAUCACAGUCCUAAAACACACACUUUAGAAGAGGUGGAUGAAAAAGAUGGGAAUGAGACUGAAUCUAGCUCACAGCUUGACACAACACAGGAUUGUGACAGUGAGCCAGAGGAGCAGAAUGAAUCAGGAAUUGUUUCCAGUUUGGGAAAUAAGUCCAUGCUGUCAGUUUCAUCAGUCAGCUCAAUGUCUGAAAGCUCACCAGAGAAGUCCAAGACUGAUGACCCUACACCCACUAAUACACCAACAGAGCCAGAGACCACCCUCAAGAUACCAGCAGAUCAGAAAAAGAUCAAAAGACGCUCAUUGAAGAGUUUACAAGAACAAGAGGAGAGGUUUCGUCUGCAACAGGAGAAAGAACGCCAAAAGGAAGAAGCAAAGGCUGCAAAAGAGAAAAAGAAAGAAGAGGUUCGCAAACUAAAGGAGGAGUGUAAAAGGGAAAAGCGUGAGCAAAAAGAAAAAGAUGAGCGUGAGAAACGAGAGAAAAAAGAGAAGGAAAAGGCAGAAAGGUUAAAAGCAAAAGAGGAGCUACGGAAAUCAAAGAUAGAGUGAAAAGAAGAGGAGAAACGAGUGAAGGAAGAAGAGAAACGGUUGAAAGAAGAGAAGGAUCGUCUCAAAGCUGAGAAAGCAGAAAUUACAAGGUUUCUACAGAAACCAAAGCUCCAACAGGCUCCAAAGACACUUGCAGCUGCAUGUGGGAAAUUUGCUCCAUUUGAGAUAAAAGAAAACAUGUCUUUGGCACCACUGUGUCGGGUUCACUGUGAGGACUCUGUUCUGGAGGAGCUGUACCGGUAUUUGUUAAACCCUGCUGAUAACCUGAAUGGACUGAAAGACUGGAUUGGCCAAAAGCCCCGUCGGUCAGGACCCACCAAACCCAGACAGAAGGACUCACUCAGGGGGUGUAUAACAUUGAAGGGGCCUAAACCAGAGGGUGUGCCAGACCGAAAACGUUAUGGACCCAUGAAAUUGCUGCAAUUCCAUGAAAACUACCGUCCAGCCUAUUGGGGUACCUGGAAUAAGAAGAGUUCACACAUCUCACCUCGCUGCCCCUUCAGACAAGACAAGGAGUUGUUGGACUAUGAGGUGGACAGUGAUGAAGAAUGGGAGGAAGAGGAACCAGGAGAGUCCCUGUCACACAGUGAAGGCGAAGAUGAGGAGGAAGGAGUUGAAGAUGACGAUGAUGAUGAUGGCUUCUUUGUCCCUCAUGGCUACCUUUCAGAUGAUGAAGGGGCUCUAGAAGAAGAGGAGGGUGGCGACCUGGAGAAGCAGAAACUACGUCAGAAACUGAAGGCAAGGGAAUGGGAUGAGCUGAUGUCCACCAAGAAGAAGAUGAAGGUGCUGGAGCCAGUGGUGAGGGGCUGUGUCUGGGAUGGAGAAGGCCCUGGCUUGGAGCUCUUCCAGCCUUAUGCUGUGUGUCUGUUUGAACCUUUACCUAAGACAGACACCAGCCCCGGCCCGGAGGAGCUGUCACAGAAGUGUCAGAGAGAAACACAAUUACUUUAUCAGCUGCUACCUUUGCUGCAUGGCAAUGUCAACAGCAGCAAAGUGAUCAUCACUGAGUUUCAGGAGCUUUGCCGUCAGCAGACCUCAUCUUCCUCAUCACCACUUCCUCCAUUGUCUAGCCCUCAGAGCCCAGCAGAAAAUAUUCCCACCAGAAUACAACUGAAGCGCCUCAUCCGGACCAGUGCUGUUUAUGAGAAGCGCUCUACCUACAGACGCUGCUGCUGGUAUGUGCAUCCAGAGGUCCUGUCCUGUUUUGGACUGGAAGCUCUGCCAGUGCCCUGCCAGUGGACCUACCUCACCACAGGAGCUCGAGAAGACUCCCGUGAAGAACCCCAGGCAGCCACAGGCUCUCAGGGAAGCUCUCCCACUACACCUCAGACAUCAUCCACCCUGUCUUCAUCUAACAAAAGGAAGAGCACAGGCAGCAUGUCGAUCACCAAGUUCAUGAAGAGAUGUACUGAUCCUGAGCAGAUGGAAGCAAGCCUCCAGGCUGAUGGUUUUCAUGCUGAUACUGAGGAUGAUGAUGAGGAAGACUGUGUUAUAAUCUCUGCACAGAGUGGCCAAACCAGAGAAAGCUCUUCCAGGGAGGGAGACAACCUAAUAGAUGUCACCCCCUCUGACACAGCUGUUCUUCCUGUGGCCAGUGCUGCUCCUACACCCGCCACUGCCUGAGGACCAGAUAGACUAUCUCUCCCAGCCAAGCUACUCACAAUUUCUCCUACCUGGUUCUGAUCUCUGCUGUGUUGAAGACAGAAUCAAGUCUUCCAGCAAGCUUGUCAAGAGUCGGGAGCCACCUUGCCUGUAAAGCGUAGUUGUGCAUAAAAUCAGUGUGUCUGACUUGAUUGUGGAGGGCAGGUUUGUCCAGUGUUCAUUAGUUAUGUAUCUGAUUUUUGCAUUGGCGUCUCAGUCAGGUAAGGACUGCUGCAGAUUGGGUUGAACAGACAGAGGAAGAGCAGAAUGAAGAUGCCCAGUUUCAUCCAAGACAUCAAGAACAGCAUUAUGUACGUUUUUUGAAACGUUGAAUUCAUAUCGUAUUUCUUGUGGUUUAAAUGUAUAUAAUUUACAAGAAACUAGAGUUGGCAAAUGAGAGGCUGGAAGUCCAUCUUUGACUUCAAUGAGUGCAUUUAUUCUGCUAUUUCUAAUUCUGACAACUCAUUGGAGAAGUUGCUAGAUUUGUACAUAGUUGGGUCCAGUGUCACAAUGUUUUAUAAAUGUAUUUUUUUUUUAAGACUACUUGAACAGGAUGCAUUCAUUAAACAUGGAAUUAAAGUA